UGCAGCACAAUCAUUGACGAUCGUGAAAAGAAUAACAAACAACUGUUUGUUUGCUGCUCUACGAUCUAACCAUAUCAAUUCAGUGCUGCCAUCUGACAUCUAGCAUCAUGCCGGGGCCGGGGCUAAUACUUCACGACACAAUCUCUGUCAAGUCGCAGGGAGGUGAUUGCAAAAUUGAGCUCUGUUUUGGGGACAUCACAAAACUCAAGAAAAAGGACAAAGUGGAUGUCAUCUUUGUGUCUUCUUUUGGGAAUAACUAUGACAAGAUGCCAGGCACAGUGAUCGGCGCUCUGCAUGAAAACUUGGGUGUAGACGUGAAAGAGCUAUCUCUAGAUAAGGAAGAGGAUCUCCGCUCUCUCUACUCGUGCUGGUGGUCCAAGCCGCUACCUUCAAAGAUACCUUAUCAUAGACUACUCUGCUUCGAAAGUAGAAGGCAUCGUUCAGGUCGCCCUCAGGAGUUGGUCGGCCACGCCUUCAGAUGCCUGGUGCCCAUCCUCAAGAACAAAGAUGCUAGCGUUAUCACACCAUUACUUAGCACAGGCAAUCAGGGCAUCGACCCUAAGGUCAUGUUGGAGGGCAUGGUCCACGCAGCAAUCAGCUGGGUCAAGGCUGGCCUUCCCAUCAGGCUCCUGAAGAUCGUCAUCUAUGCAAACAUUAAAGAUGGACAGGCCACUAAUUUUUUUCGAGGGGUGGAUAAUAACAUCCUGGAAAAUUUCGCAGAGCUCAAGUCGAGAUAUGAGUCAGCUAAUCUUAUUCCUCAGGAGGUAACCCUGGAAUACGACGUCUACCUCUCGUUCAGCGACAAGGACCAGGAGAUCGCAGACAAGAUCCAGGCCCAGCUCCAGGAGGAGAAAUCUGACAUCCGCAUCUUCACCGCCAGACAGAAGGUGGAUACGGAGGCCUUCUGGCAGGACCAGAUGUAUGACGUGGUCUCCAAGUCGGCCAGAGUCGUCACAGUCCUCAGCUCCAACUACCUGGCUUCGGAAUCCUGUCUGGAACAGUACAACAUCGCCCUCUGUUGUAACAGACAGGCGCAUCGCAAUGUGCUGGCGCCUUUUUUUGUGGAGACAGUGACCCUUCCAACGUAUAUGGGUCUUGUGCAGUAUGCAGACUGCAGGGAGAACAUGGAUGCUAGCAUAGCCCAGGCCUGCGGUCAGUUGGUCAAAUCGCUCACGGCCACAGACAAAGUGGUCAAGGUUGCCACCACAGAUCCCAACCACUACGAUGUCUUUGUGUCGUAUUGCCAUGCCGACGCAGACCAGGCCACACCCAUUGUCAGCCAGCUGCAGAAGCUAAACCCUGAGCUGAAGAUAUUUUAUGACAUACAGGAACUUAAGACUGGGCAUGAAUGGCAGCGUACCUUGUAUCAUUCAAUCGACGGGACAUCCUGUAUGAUAGCUCUCAUAUCACCCAACUAUCUCAAAUCAGCUGUGUGUAUGGAGGAGUAUAGCCUGGCACAAACUAAACAUCUCUCUCAUGACACCCUGCACCUGAUCCCAGUCUGCAUCUCUGAUGGCAUCGAGAAGGACUUUGCGCAGGUAUCCCACAUCCCCAUGCUGGACGCUCGUCCUGGAGCUUACGCCGGGGUGGUCAGCAGCAUCUGCUCUGCGGUGGUGUCCUGGCUGGAGACAAACUCCUUCGCUCAUCUGGACAAACUGCUCAAGAAGAAUCUGGAUAAUCAAGUGGAUGUCCCGGAUAUGAUGGAGAAACUCAGAGCAGCGAGGUUCUGGGCAGAAUAUGCGAAAACCUUUAUAUCUGUUAAGACCUUUCCACCCACAUUUGAAAAGUUAGAGGAUGCAGAAGGUAAGGCUGAAACCACAGGAAAGGAUCAGAAUGGAGCAGAAGAAGCCAAAGAAGGAGAGAAGGAGAUGAAGGAAGGGUCAGAGGGGGCAGGAAGUGAUGUCAAAGGUGAUAGUGGUGUUGCGGAAGUACAGACGGAGACCGGAAAGGAAGAUGAAGCGAAAGAAGAUAAAUCAGGUGAAGUGGGUACAGAUGGUAAAGAGGAUGUUGGACAGAUAACUGAAGAUCAGAAAGUGAAGACGAAAGAAGGAGAGAAGGAAGAACCAAAAGAUGGAGAGGAGAAGCCAACUUCUGAACCUGAAUGCCCACAUAAAGAUGGCGGAAGUGCGACACAGUCUGAGAAGACUUUCAAGUCAGCCACUGUAGUCUUCAGCUACCACCAGACCGACGUCAAGUUCGUCUACUUCCUCAAGCAACUCAUCAGCGCCUAUGCCCCUCAUCUUGUCCUCAAGUCCGAGUUCAAGACAGACCAGGCGCGACUGGACAGCCUGGAGGCAGCGGACAGCAUCAUCGCUCUCCUCUCGCCGAACUACAUCGAGUCUCCUCAGCAUGUCGAGGAGUUCCACAUGGGUCUCUGGAGGCAGCGUGUGAGCCCUGAGGAAGCCCCUCUCCUGGUGCCGGUCCAGGUGGCCCUCCUGCCCAAGCGGCCCACCUACUUCCAGCUGAUGGGAUAUCCAGUGAACUCCUGGGAUGCCAUGUGGGCCGACCUCUUGGGAGUGCAGAACAUCAGGUCACCCGCAGAGAUCGACAACUUCCGCCAUUCUCUAGUGAAGAAGAAGCUGCCAGCGAUCUCUCCAGAUGAAUUGCAUCCGAUGACAGAGGUUGCUCAGGUUGUGAUUUCUUCCAUCAAAGCUAGAAGGACAAUCAUUGUAGAGGAUCCACCUCGUGUGCGACCAGCUCUUGUCAACACUGUGGUACUUCAGAAAGAGCUUGCGACACUCACACAGAAAACUGCACCAUCGUUAGAUCAGUGUCUGGUUGCUGUACCAAUGCCUGAGGAAGGAGCCUCAAAACCAUGCUCUAUCAUGUAAACAGACAUGAUGACUUAAAGGUGUGCAGGAGGGGCACUCACUACACAACACUUGCUGUAUAACAUAGAACAAAUAGAAAUGAAUGACAAAAUGAGGAGAAGAGGGAUUUUCAGGCAGAGCACUGAUCUCGGUUAGCUGACUAGCUUGCCUUCUUCAUUUACAAGUGCUGGAAAUUAUAAAUCAAUUAGGAUGAAAUUGUUGUUUUUCAUACUAUUUUUAUUGAUAAUGUAUUACCGGUAUACAUAAAAGUGGAUCUCAAUGAAUUUCAGAGGGAGAAAGAGGAUGAAGAAGAGGAGGAGCAGCUUGAGGAUGAGGGGAAAGAGAAGGGGGAGG